GCUGCCGGGGGAAAAUAGAUUUUACCUUUUAAAAUGGUAGAAAACUAUUUAGCAAGGGAAAUAGAUCUGCUGGAGGAAAUUGAAGUCUUGAAUGAGAGGGUUGACAACGUAAUAUCAAGAGUUAAUGCCCAUGAUAAAAAACUAGCUCAGCAUGAUGAGCUGCUCCGUAAAAACAAACUACUCUGGAUACGACUUAGGGCUCGAAGGGUAAGAAGAUCUUUACCCCUUCAAGAGGUUGACAGUUCUCCACAUUGUGAUCAGCUUGAUGAUAUCGGACUUAUCCCUUUAAGUGAAAGCCAGCUGCAAGACAUCAGGGCAAAAAAUUCUUCAUGUGUUCGUUUUAUUGGUAGCCUGGUACAAGCUUCAUUCCCAAAUGGAUACUUCGAUAAUCGUAUGCCCGAACACGUUACGAAAGGCCAAUUUAAGCGACUCUAUGAAAUUACAUCUGCACAUUUUACCAAGAUAAAGAGGGCUAGAAGAAACGCUGUUAAAUUGUCGUUGAAAGAAGUCGUAAAUGUCAUACGAACCUAUAUCUAUAACGCCCGCAACCGCAAAAAAACGAAUUUCAUCAUUUUCCAGUACCGAAAGCGAAUAUUCUACUGCUGAAUUCUCCAAUGAUGACUUACCCAAUGAUAGUGGAUUCAGCAAUAACACGUCAAACACCAACGUCGCCAGUGGUAACUUCUCAAAGGAUAACGUCUCCCAACACAGUGUAUCCAGCAACAGUGUCCCCAACGACGGUAUCUCCAACGACGGUAUCUCCAACGACGGUAUCUCCAACGACGGUAUCUCCAACGAUGGUAUCUCCAACAAUGGUAUCUCCAGCGACAGUGUUUCCAACGACACAGUCUCAAAGGACAGUGUUUCCAACGACACAGUCUCAAAGGACAGUGUGUCCAACGAUGAUGGCUUCAAUGAGAAUGACACCGAUAAUGAUUAUUGUGAUAGACCGUGCGAUCCGCCAAACCAUUACCCGGAUUGCAAGAAUUUCACAGGAGUUGUUCAUGUCGAUGGAAAAUGCCAGUUGUAUGCAGAAUUUGAAUGGGCAAGAUUGCACCGACCUAAAGAAAGUCGGUACUAUCCAAAGUUCGCCAUCGGCCUCGAUAAAUCCAAUCCAAAACAGCCAAAAUACCUACAGUCGAAAGGUGAAACAAAUGGAAGUGCAGGUGUCUGUCAAUGUAAUGUUUGUGACAAGAUAUUCUCUUCAAAGAACGCAGUAGCUCGCCAUAAGUUGAUUCACACUGAUCCGCUUACUUGGAAGAAAUGUCCGUUUUGUGAAUACCGGGCAUGUGAUAUUUCGAAUCUCAGAAAACACACAAGUAAAAAACACAAGGAGGAUAAGCCAAAUCGCCUCACAUGUGACAUCUGUCAUAAGAAAUUGGCAAACACCAGAAACCUUGAUCGCCAUAAGCAGAAAAUACACCACAGCUAGCCAUCCUCCGGUCACCGUAAGAAACAAAUUUUUUCCGGACGUGCCUUUUUGGGAUUCAAGUUAUUUUACUUUAUGAUUUUUGUGCCAUUUCUCUCCCCCCCUCUUUUUGUAACGCGUCUAACGGGGCUAAGACGUUUCCACUCAGAACGCUUGCACAAAUAAAUUGCCAAUUUUUGUUUGUUCUCGUUAA